UUUAAUUAGUACACUUUCACAACACAGCGGAGGCAAGGCAAGACCAGGUCAACGAAGAAAAAUUUCUGUAGAUUCUAGAUUCAUCGUCCAGUUUUUCUGGAGUGUGAUAAUCUAAGAUGGGGGACAUUGUCAAAUGUGGUUAUGUCAAGAGAUAUAGCAAAAGUAUACUAAAUGGCGGCUGGAACAAUUCGUUCCUUCAGCUUCACAGAGACUCUACCCUCAAUGUUUACAAAAAGCAAGGAGAUUCAAAAGUACAAGGUUCCAUUUUUGUAAAGGAGGUGUGCAAAUACUUUGCCUAUGGGGAGUACACAUCUGGCAUGCCUGACCGACCGGAGGUGCCCUCUGGUGCUUCCUAUGACUGGAUCAUGGGGAUUCCACAAAAACCCAGCAGCAAAGCCAAAAUCCACUGGUUUCUCUUCAGCAGCUCCAAUGAACUUCAUGAAUGGAUGACAGCCAUAUGCGGCACUCUUCCGCCCCCACCUCACAAAGAAGCCACAGCAGAACAGGCGCAACCGGUAAAGUCUGCUCCUCCUCCUCCUGGGCCACCCGCCGGACCGCCCGCGGGUCACUACGCUCCUCCAGCGGGACAGUACCCGCCACCAGCGGGACAGUACGGCCCACCGCCGCCCUACUAUGGCCCACCCCCUCCUGGUGGCCCUGGCCCCUCGUUUGGAUUUGAGAACCUCAAUAUGGGUGGAGCCGCCCCACCAUACCCCCAGCAGCCACAGUACAGACCCCCUCCUGUCCAGGGCCACUACCCACCACCAGGGCCGUACCCGACCCAGGGCCACUACCCACCUCCCCCCGCCGGCCACUACGGACCCCCGCCACCUCAGGGUGGGUACCCCCAGCAGCCUUACUACUCAGCUGCUCCUGCACCUUCAGGCUAUCCGCAGCAGCAGUAUUAUCAUGCUCCUGCAGGCACACAUUAUUCGGCUCCCCAGUACUAUGUAGCAGGCGGGUACCCUCAACAAGCCUAUGGCUACCAGCAUCCACCAGUUAUUGUGCAACAAAACCCUAAGAAGAAGAAAGGUGUUCUCAGCAGUAACACAGGCAAGAUGGCUGCUGGUCUGGCUGGUGGAGCUCUGGUGGGCUACGGAGCGUCCCGCAUGAUGGGCGGAGGCUGGGGGAUGGGUCACUGGGGCAGCUGGAGCUCUCUCAGCUCUAUUGGAAGUUUUGGCAGUUGCGGAAGUUUUGGAAGCUUUGGGAGCUUUGGAUAAAAAAAAAAAGAUCAGCAGCAAUAUUGCCGUUUUUUUAAUGACCACUACGUCAUUUUCUCAAAGAUGACAAAGUGGAUUUCAAAAUUGUGAUUUUGUGUGUCUGCAGUUUUUUGGGUGUGAGAUUUUGAACAUUCUUGUAAGAAUCUCAUAAUGUAAUGUACUGAGUGCCAGCUUGAUUCAGUGAAAUGCACGUUAUGAUUUUUUUUAAAAAUGUAUAUCUUUUCGCUAUUAUUUUACAACUGUUGUGGGUGACAUUUGAAAUCAUAUACUUUCUAAGCAGAAGCAUCUGUAUAUAUAUCACUUGGACUUAACAAACAUUGGCACCUUUUAUGAUAAUUAUUUCUGACUGUUCCUCUUAGUCUAAGAGACAGAAAAUUUGGUUCAAAUUCGAAGUUGAUGUAGGCCUGCCCAUCCUAAAAUUCCUUUCUUAAUUAAGGUAUUUCUAGUUGAUGGGAUCUUUGGUGUGGUUUGCUCCUUCUAUUCCCUUUUUUUUGUUUUGAGUGUUGCUAUCUUACUGACCUGCCCGAAAAACGUCUUAUCUGCCAUAGAAGUGGUUCAAGUUUCACCAAAGGCCUAUUCCUGUAGUAGACUCUUUGAAGUCAGUAUUUUACAGGGAUGUGUAGCUGGGAACAUUUUUAGAAGAUUGGGGUAGAAUCAUUCUUCUUUUCUUGUUCCUGUCUUGUGUCACAAGGGGGUUGUGUCGUCUGCUCUUCAUUUCAGUACAUGUAUACUACUGUUUUCAUUCUCUUUUUCUCUUGAGGUAGAAUGCCCAUGCUGAUUCACCUUAAUCUACAGUUCAACUGGAACCCUUGUGCUGUCGAGAGCUAAUUACUUAACCCUAUCCGUACGCCCUGGGGUAAUUUUGUACCCCUCGGGUUGUAUUCUUCACAUUUUAGAAUACUUCUUCUAGUACGGAGGUCUCUUUGAAACUCUCAGUAUAUCUAAAAAAAUAAUUUUGACAGACUGCUUUGCAAAGCGUACAGAUCGGAUUAACAAGUAAGUACGGAUAGGGUUAAAGAAGUAAUAGUUCUGCAAUGUAAAUUGAAGAUGUCAAUGUUUGUAGGGCCCCUCAUUCUUCUUUUUAAUAUUCUCCAAAGAAAAAAAAAUGUUGCAAUAAUGUGAAUAUACUGAAGUCAAGGUUUUUGGUCACAAGACUUUUCAGUUGAAAUAAAUGUUAUCUGAAUUGUUAAUAAAUGAAUUGGUGUUCAUGGAAAGCUUUUUAUUCCUCUCUGGUUCUGAUGUACCAUAAUAUGCAGUUAAAUUUCAAGUGUCACUCUGAGAUUUUUGGCUGGUACUUUGUUAUUUUCUGUCUGUGGAGAACUAAUCCCUGACUUAUUUAUUGUUGACAUCUCCGAGACAAAAUUCUGUGUCUGAAGGAAGAUUUUGUUUCUUUUGUUUAUACAUUUUUAGUCUUUUUUUGCUCGUUUUGUUUUUCAAAACAAUAAAUUGUGUUCUGUGUUCUACUAAUUUUACACCUUUUAGAUUUCUCUAAUCUUAGAUCAUAUAGAAAAUCAUAAUACAUGAUUUGCUAGAUAUUUCUGUACCGUUUGUACCACCUUUUUCCUUCAACAUUUAAGGGUCUGAGGCAGAGGUGAACAUUGUCAAGUUUUUAUUGUGUUUUGUUUUUUGUUGCAGCUUUUUUUUCUGUAUUGGAAAAACUGGAAAAGCAAUGUAAAACUUGGAAGUAAAAAAACAACUGAUUAUUCUUAAUGAGCAAAAUUAAUAGAUUUUACCCCCCAAAAAAGGGAAAAAAGCCAAAAAUGUUUAAAACAAAAGUGAAAAUCCACAAACAAAAUCU